UGCAUUGACCUGAACCCAACCGUACCGGCCUUCAUUUUCUUGCUGAUAACUGCAGUUCCGGUCAGAUUCAAUCCUGCGGACUGUCGCCCGGACUGGAUCCAUUUCAGUCGCCUUGAAUUUUUCCGUCAUGGUCACCUCCAAUGCGCCUUUUCGGCCAUCGCCGCUGUCUUUCGGUUCGCCUCGAGCUUCCCCGUUUCGACGUCCAUCCACCUCGAAUUCACCUCCGCAAGCGCGGCCCAGCACUCCCGGCAGCUCGCCCGGUCGCGGAUACACGCCGGUGACGUCCCCCAGCAAACUCAAGGAAUCCUACACAGUCACAGACGAGGAUGAAGUUCACUUAUCGCCUGCUCAAGAUCGCAGCCCUGUCCCUCAACCGCGCACGACACGCGAGGUGCCUCUGUCGCCGACGCGGGGGGCUACCUCCCCAGACACAAUGAUGGCGACGAAGGCGACUCAUAUGAUGGCGGCCUCAUCGGAUGCAGCCGCUCGCCUCUCACCAGCCCAGUUGCGAGAAAUACGCGAGGCGUUCCAGGUUCUGGACCGAGACAAUGACGGCUUUGUUGACAAGGAUGAUGUGGCCGAUGUCUUGGUAAACAUCGGUCAAGAUGCAUCCGCACUCUCACAAUUCUUCCCGCCCGGAGGACGCUCUACUAUCAAUUUCCCUACCUUCCUCAAUACUCUCUCACAAUUACUGGCCCCAUUGUCGACCCAGCAGGAACUUCUGAAUGCCCUGGCGGCUUUUGAUGAGGAUGACAGCGGGCAGAUCGACGUAGAGGAACUGCGCGACGCUCUCAUGCAUACCGUCCCCGAGGACGGAGAUCAAUCUCUGACCGACCGGGAGAUCCGUGAGGUGCUGAAUGGAUUCACAGGCCGUCGGGCAUUUGGGGGCAAGGGCGCACGAGGGCCCGGAGGGGGCAAGCGUGGUGAAGUAUUCCGGUAUCAAGAAUUUGUUAGUGGCCUGGUGGGUGGAACAGAGACGAACCAAUCGACACGACGCGAUGCCUGA